AUGGCCAAGUCGAUCAAGUUGCUCGCCGCAAGCAUCACCCGCGUCAACGCCAUAGAAGUGGCCAUGGCUACGUUUGAAGAGCACUACAGCAACCGUGGGUACAGCGCAACCACGAAGCUUGCGUUCUUCAAGUACCUUGCGGGCCCCACCUCCAUAUUCAACACGGCGACGGCAGACGUGCGGGAUGCGAUGGUCGAUGAGUUCUGGGCGGACUCGCAAUGUAAAGGCGUCAUAUAAUGCGAGCAACGCGAUUGAACGUGGCCUCUCUUCAUCUCGAAACAUCGACCCAGUGUACUCCAACGUGCGCAAAAUGCGUCCCUUCAAACCCCAAAACCAAGAAUGAAUUCCAUUAGUAGAGUCCAUAAAGAGUACUUCUACUCUACGAAUCGAC